AUGGGACCGCAUUUGGCGCCACUGACGCAGACACUGGCCCGACAUGAGUGCCAUCGACACGAUUUUGGUCAUCGUUUCCGCUCUGAUGUGAUAUUCCUCCGAGUCUUCGGGUGUGAAGAGUGUAGAUGUAGUGCACACACGGCCCGCACACUGGGCUUAUGUAAUGCCUUUAUGUCCACAAACACUGUUACGCUCGACACUGACAGUGUCUUCGUGCCGAUCGCGAGCGGAUCCAGUGGUGACAAUGAGUGGUCAGAGCACACAGUGAUCUACGGGUGUGUUUCGGUGGGAAACGUCCCGCAAUUGGCCAUUGAUUUGUUGGUCUCGACACUCAUAGAGAGCCGCGAGUGUCGGCUCGUCGGCCAUCUCUACUCACCGGCGCUGAUGCCUCUGUCCGGUCCCGACCCCUACCGAUUCGGGGGCCAAACGCUGGCCACUUCGGCACAGGUGUUUGAAUGCAAGGCUCGGAAACUAUUGAUUAUACAACAGCGGACACCACUUUAUAAGGAAUCGCGACAACAGUUCUUCGACUCAUUGGCCAAAUGGUUGUCUACAGCGGGUGUGAAGCGAGUGGUGCUCUUGAGCUCCAGUUUCAUCGAGCACUUGGUUGAGGCGCUCGACUCCGGCGACUGUUAUCCCAUUAAAUGCCUGCCAAACGAGACCCACAGUCGCGCCGCCGACCAAACACUGGCCACCAAUUGGCGGGCCGUCGCGCGAGUGGACCCCUUCACGCUUCAGCCCUCGCCCGACGGCCGGAUACACCUUCCGGGCAGCGGUUCCCUCAAAGAAUUGCUUAAAUCAAUGGACAAAACGGGAGUUUCGGCCAUCGGUUUAGUGCUGUACUGCUCUGAAGGCGAUAAUCGGCCGCAUAGUUACGCCUUCGCUAAUGCCGUCAAUCAAUGGUUAAGUUUAAUUGAUUUCAAGACCACCGCUGGUGUGAAGACAUGGAUUGUCCCGUUUUCGUGGCGACACCUCUUCGGCGAAGAGCCGCCGAAAGAGAUUUAUUGA